AUGUCUGCAGAAAAGAAACAGCUCAUCAUCAAUGCCUUUGCAAUGCAAUCGCCGAGUCAUCUCAAUCCAGGCCUAUUCCGCCAUCCUGGAGACCAAGGCGCAGACUACAAGAGCAUCAAGCACUGGAUUCAACUAGCCAAAAGGCUAGAGAAAGCCAAAUUCCACGCCAUCUUCUUCGCCGACGUGCUAGGAGGCUACGACGUCUACAAAGGCCCAUCCAAUCUCGGGCCAACCAUUCCCGCCGGAGCCCAAUUCCCCAUCAACGACCCUCUGUACAGCAUUCCCGCCAUGGCAGCAGCCACCGAAAGCAUCUCCUUCGGCGUCACAGCAUCAACAACCUACGAUGCACCCUACGCUCUAGCCAGACGCUUCUCCACCGUCGACCACCUCAGCAACGGCCGCAUUGGCUGGAACAUUGUCACCUCAUACCUCGACUCCGCAGCGCGCAACUUCGGCCUCGACACCCAGGUCGAGCACGACGAGCGCUACCGGAUCGCCGAUGAGUACCUCGAUGUCACCUACAAGCUGUGGGAGGCAUCGUGGAGAGACGACGCAGUAACAUGGAAGCAAGGCACGCAGAGCAAGACGCAGGGAUACGCGGAUCCACGUGCUGUCCGCGAGAUCAACCACAAGGGCAAAUACUUCCAGGUUCCUGGGCCGCAUCUCUGCGAGCCGAGCCCGCAGCGCACUCCGUUCAUCCUGCAGGCUGGCACGUCGACUGCCGGCAAGGCCUUUGCGGCGAAACAUGCCGAGGCGGUGUUUCUGCACGCGCAAAAGCCUGAGCUGGUCCGUCCCUCUGUCGAUAGUAUUCGGCAGCAGGCUGCGGAUCUCGGACGUAACCCGAGGGACAUCAAGGUCAUUGCUGGUGCGUUGGUGAUUGUUGCUGAGACGGAUGAGGCUGCACAGGCGAAGUUCGAGGAGCUGAAGAGUUACGGGGAUCGGGAAGGCGCGCUGGCUCUUUUCGGUGGCUGGACUGGGUAUGACCUGUCGACAUACUCUGAUGACCAGGACUUCCGGUUCGUGGGGCAGCCAGCUGUGCGGAGCAUGGUAAACCACUGGGCGAGCACGGUUCCUGGUACCGAUGGCCAGAAGUGGGAUAAGAAGACUAUUGCCGAUUAUCUAGUUAUCGGUGGCAAUGGCGUUAAGAUCAUUGGCAGUGUUCAGACGGUGGCUGAUGAGCUAGAGCGAUGGGUGACUGUUGGCGAUGUUGACGGGUUCAACUUCAGCUAUGCUAGUCUCCCUGAUACUUUUGAAGAUGUUAUCAAUCUGCUGCUGCCGGAGCUGCAGCGCCGUGGACUAUUCUGGGAGGAUUAUGCUGUCAAGGGAGGUACUUUCCGGGAGAACAUGUAUGGCAAGAAGGGUCAGAAUAGGCUUCCUGAUGCCCAUCCUGGAGCCAAGUACUUCUGGAAGGCGGGGGAGGAAGUUCCUGCCUACUCAUUGGAGGAGUCUCAUUGA